GCCCUUCACAACAGCCAAGAUGGCGACGGCCACCCGCCUCAUCCAGCGGCUCCGCAACUUCCUGGCGGGGCGGGACCUCCAGGCCAAGCUGGCGCUGCGCUACACGGAGAUCUCCAAGAGGACACAGCCGCCGCCCCGGCUCCCGGUGGGCCCCAGCCACAAACUCGCUGACAACUAUUACUGCACCCGGGACGGGCGCCGGGAGGCAGGCCCACCCAUCGUGGUCGCCUCGGGGCUGAAAACCCUCCCUGCAGGAGCUCAGGGCAGCAGCUCAAGCUCUUCAGUGACAACAACUGACAAAAAGCCAGUGACACCAGGGCCUGUUCUUAAGAAGUGGGAAAUCUCAAAAGACCAGCCCUAUUUGUGAGAAAUGAGCAUGGCAAGGCUGGAUGUACAGAUCUCGGUCCAUUAAAAAGCAGCACUCUCGUGGUAAGCCUGCAGUGGAUUUAGUUACGAAGAUGCUAUACAGAACGUAUUUGCACGCACAACUAGUAAAUAUAUUUAAAAUUGUGA